AUGAACACAGAACGCAUGCAGUUCGUGGAGGAACAUGUUCCCCAGCGCAAGGUAGAGAUAUGGCGCGCAAUUACUGAUGAGACUUAUGAGACUGGAAAUACACCUGGCAUCAUCGGAUCUCUUUUCGAUGGACUAAUCGCGUAUCUACAAGGCAUGCUUCGCGAGAUCGUACAACCCGAUGUUGAACCGAUAACCUAUGGGCUUUUGGAGCGCGGCGCUACGUCCCUGCUGUUCUGGGGACUCGAUCAUGGUGUCUCUCAGGGCGAUCUCGACAGAUCGCUCCAACACUCCGCUCUAUUGCGGGACACAAUCCUACUAGUGCUCAUCUCUAUCGGUGAGCUUCUAAGCCAAGGUUCCAUGGAAAUCUCCUCGGCAAAGAUACAUAGACAGCUCAUGGUCAGCUCCAACAUCGCUACAGCGAUCGAGAAAGCCAAGUUUGCUGUAAAAGAAACAGACGAGCUAGACCAAAGCUAUGAAAUUAUUGAUGAGCCAGUAGAAGCGUGCAAGGUCUUACAGAGCAAGGUCGAUUGCUUGAUAGCGCUCAAUGCCAGUAUCGAAUGUCCUACCGAAAGCGAAUCCGACAAUGACGAAGAGACCAGGACUGGCACAGUCCUACAAGAUCUUCCCGCGCAUCAGUACUUUGCAGAUCUGAUUGCAGCCAGGUUUCCCACUGCUCAACUCGAACUAGUCGAAAAGCUCGGACUCACCAACUGGUCACGUUAUAACCAAGUCCAACAGCAGAGAGAUAGCUUGCAGACAGAGGUUGAGUCCGUUUCUAUGGAUCGCGACCUCCUGCCACGCCUGCAACGCCACUUGGUAGAGCCUUGA